UGCCUCGGGUGUCGUGGAGCGCGGAUCGCGGCGGAAUUCGGAUCGAUGAUAGCGACGACGGUUUGCCACUGCUCUGUUGCUACGGACAACGGAGCAACGAGCGAGCUAGCGCGACGGAAUAAUAGACAACGAAAAUCGUUUAAGAACGUAUUGCGCCGCCCGCACGUCGCCCCGAACGCGUUGCUCGCAGAACACGAACGUCGCGGAGCUAGGCCGUUUAUCGCUAGUCUCGCUGAACGACAUCGCCGCCCACGCGCCAGGCAACGGUGCGCGCGCACAACCGGAGCGAGAACGCACAACAAUAACAUAGCGGCAAACUCGCGGCGGCGGCGGCGCACGAAACUCUAUGCGUGCUCAAAAAUAAUAAUAUGCUCAAUAAACCGGCCGGUUAGGGCAAUGGAGGACGGUGGACGACCGGCGACGGUGAAUGUCAUCGGUGGUCGGCAACGGACGGGCGGGAGGGGGCGGCGACGGUUUUCGGGUGGUCGCGCUAGGCGCGGUGGCCGGGGCAGUGCGCGACACUUGAGACCGGAGCAGUGUGAGCAGUGAGCAGCCGGCGGGCAGCGCUCUCGAUUUCGCCUCCCUGGCCGUUCGCGUGUGUCAUCACCUCCGGAACACUUCGUGCGCCGUCGCCGUCUCGCGCCACUCGUUCCGUCGAAUCCGCCCGUCCCGCGAUCCGCCGCAUUCCGUCCGGGCCGCCGCCGCCGUCGAGUCCGUACUUGGCGUACUUCUUCCACUACGGUCGUGUCGCGCCGUUCCGCGUUCGCUCCGGCGUCCGUUUCUUUUCCGUUGGCCCGACUUCCCGUCGCGUUUUUAUCGCUCGCCGUGUACGGUCUCGCGCCUGCGCGUCCGUCCGCGCGUAUCGAUUGUCAUAAUAUUAUUUUGUCGGUCUGGUUUCGAGCCAGAGAGAUACAAUAUCAAACCGCCGCUCGUCGUAUUAUUAUUAUUAUUAUUAUUAUCGUGUUCUCCGGCACAUUACUACUAUUAUUAUUACAACUGUGAUUACGAUUAUUAUUCGCAGUAGUUGUUGUUGAUGAUAAAAUAUAAAAACAAUAUGAAAACAUCGAAUGAAGAUUAUAUUGUUAUUAUUUAAAAUAUUUUCGUACUGUGCGUGUGUAACCCCAUCGACUCCCACUGGCUGCGAUCUUACGUCGUUUGUUUGAUUUCUAUUAUUACCUAUCGUAAUCGACGUCGUCAUGUGUCCCGAGUGUGCGUGAACAUCUGCACCAGCACACGGAACCCGACUGAAUAAAUAUUAAUUAUACGAUAGAAAAAGGACUUAUCAAAAUAAAAAGUAAAUGGUCCACACAAGAACAUGUACAAUGGAUUCAGAAAAAGGGAAGAAAAAUAAGAAUAAAAAUAAGAAUAAAAAUAGAGCAAACAACUCUGGAAAUGAAAAAUCAAAAAUGAAACCCGACAGUAAGUCGCCUUCUAAUAAUUCAAAUCCGGAGAGUGAAGAUGAUCAAAAUACACCUAUACCAGUAUCAACUCCAUUAGAAUUGGCUGGGUCAUCAAUCAAAGUGACUCUAAAAAAAACAAGAACAUCACGUAGCAGUAGUUCUUCUAGGGAAUCCACCCAGUCAUUUGAAGUUGUAAGAACACUUCCACCUACAACUGAAAGUGUUUCUGGUGAAGAAGACUGUGAAAAUCCAAAAAACUCUGAACCCGAAAAAACUAAUGACAAAUCACCCUCUGUUGAUGAUGGUGAAAAUGAAAAAGAAUCUGAGGGAGAGUCUCAAAAUGCUAAUAGUUCUGAUGAUAGUGAUGUAGAAAUAUUAUCAGACGAUUCUCAAGUAUCAUUUACUGAAAGACCUAGGCCAGCUGUUUCAGUUAAAUCUGAGGAAAAAAAUGUAGCUAUUAAUACAGUAGUAGAUUUAAAAACUGAAGAUUCACCUCAAAAUUCUACAGUGGUUAAGAAAGAAGAAUGUAAGCCACGACUUAAAACAUUGAAAGAAGAACUGUUAAAAGAAUCAGACGUGGAUGGUGAUGUAGUUGUUUUAAAAGAUGAUGAUGAAAAUGAUGAUACUCAAGUACCUCAACCACAAAAUGGCGUUGAAAAGAAAGAAUUUAAAGAGCAAGUUAAAGAACAAAAAGUAAAAAUUAAUGUCCGUUCUUUUGAUGAUUUAAUAGAUCCUCGUACUGCGAUUCUAAUUAAUAUGCCACCACCGGCAGAUAGGGCACCAACUUUUUUGGCUCAAAAUGGUGGGUCUUUUCCGCCUCCAUAUUUAUCAUGUGAUGUUUGUGGUGUACAAUACGAUUCUCUAGAAUUAUUAAAUGAUCAUAAAGUAACUAUGAAACAUUUCAAAUGUUCUUUCAAGGAAUGUGAACAUAUAGCUGUACCAAGUCAACAAGAAUUUUUGGAACACCAACGUAUAGCUCACAAUAUUAUGCCAUCACCAGUUCAGCAAUUAGCACAUCAAGUCCAACGUUUACCUGCCAUGGGUUUUGAUCAACAAUUGCAGUCUGGUGUACCACCAUUACCUGAGAACAUAUCUCCUAGUAUGUAUACACAAUCAUUAAGGAUGCCAAAUCAGCCAGUUCCUAUGCAACGUACCAUGCGUCCAAUGAUGAGGCCUACCAUGCCACAUAUGAUUUCUCCAAGAGGGCGUAAUGUACAAAGAGGAUCAGCUAUGAGAGGAAGAAUAGCUUCUUUAAAUCCAACUCCAAGAGGUAGUUCUUUGAAAAGACCAAUAACUACUCCUAGGAGGGGAACUCCGCCUGUGAAACGUACAAAUUUAGAUAGGAAUUCUCUCGGAAAUUCUUAUGCAUCUACCAUGAACAAGACUCCUCAGAUUGUUAAAUCCAUAGCAGAAUCUCUAACUAAAUCUGUAACCAAAAAUUCAGCUUCUCCCGCUUCUCAGCAAGAUGUUGUUAAUUUAUUUUCCAAACGAGGGCUCACUAUUAGCACGGUGGAUAAUGGGCAUAACUCAAAUAUUCCUGCUGGACUUAGCUUGAAUUCUGCUGUUUCUAUUAUACCUACAUCGCCUCAUAAGGUACCUAAUAAUGUACCUAAUAAGGUAUCUAAUACAGUAUCUAAACAUGUACCUCGUAAGGUAGUAAGUCAGAGUAUGGAUACUGUUGAUUUAACUGGUCCCGAUAAACCAAAAAAGUAUUAUCCUUGUGAAAUAUGUUCAAAAACAUAUACAAAUUCUGAAAAAAUGUAUGAACAUAUAUCUAUUGCACAUAAAUCAGUUUCAUUUCCAUAUAAGUGUAACUUGUGUCAGUUUGUUUCUCAAAGUCUUGAGGCAUUCAGUCGGCAUAAAUCAACUCACAAAUCAGAAAUCAAUAAUGCAUCUAUGGUGAUUCCUAUUGUAGAUUUGAGUAAAUCUACAACUAUUUACAGAUUGAAGCAAAUGGGUAUUACAAAUUACAUACCAAUUGCUCAAAUGGAUAAUCAAGGUGGCCAAUUUGGUGUGCCAAUUAUGACUUCUAAUAAUAGGAGUGCCCAAGAAGGAUUGAAUUGUACUAGCUAUUUCAAUUUUGGAAAUGUACGGCAUUUACCAUGAAUAUUAAACAAAGACUGUUUUGAAAUAACAUCCAUUUUAGUUGUAACUUCUGCAUUUUACUCAAUAAUUGCAGUUUUACAUAUUUUAUUACAAAUUCAUUAUGUAUCAAUAUAUUCUAUUUUAAUUUGGAACAUUUUAAAAUAUUAAUUUUGAUUAAGUUUCUUUUUUUUUUAAACAAAACAGUUUCAGUUUUUCAAGUAGUAAUUUUUUACAAUUCAUACAAUUCAAUUUCAAUUUGUUACUUAUUUUAAUAUGUUGUCGUUUUAUUAUUAUUAUUUUUUUAUGUUUCAUUAAACUAAGCCAAAUUACAAAUUCUAAUUUUGGCAAACUAUUUUGUAUAGAUUAAACGACUAUUUCUGUAUAACUAUAAAUAAUAUUUGUAUAUCUUUAUUAUUUAUGUGAGAAAUUGAUUUUUAAAGGUCAUAACUCCAAUGUUUAUUUUUUAAUAAAAUGUUAACCAUUGGCAUUUUUUAUUCCAUGUAAAAAAGAAUUAUAACUUUUAAUUAAUAUACUAUAUAUGACAUUCUUACUUUAUAUCUUGGUGUAACAUUUUUGUUAUUGUAUUUUUAUUAUUAUAGUCAUUUAGGACGAGAAGGCAGAUAUUAUGUCAUAUACUUUAUGAUAUAAAGGAUGUUUUAAUAAAUAUUUGAUCAUACGUUAACUAA